CAAAAAUUCAUAUUCGCGAAGGGUUCCUUGGGGUCCCAGGGGCCGAGUGGCACGGGGGUUAAUUAAGCCUCAAUUAUCCGUAACUUUUGAAUGGUAUCAUAAAAAUAGGGCCUUUUUACGAACGCAACGGGUCUAUUGCGAUUUUAAAAGCGAAGAGGGUGGGGUGAGCUUCCCUCAUUCUUGUUUUCUUGUCUGGUUUGAGGCGACGAAUGAUGAACACGGCUGGAGACAUAAUAUAAUUUGUCUAGUUGUUAAUUGUUGUUAAUUUAUGUACACUACACAAUUUAAAUUCUUACAAAUUUCAAGCCAGGAAAAUGCUCUACUUUGUGCACGAGUCAACAGGGGAGAAGGUUUAUCUUCUAGCUGGAAAAAACUACACCGUUGGUGUAUCGUCUAAAGAUUUUCCUUUAAAACAAAAUGACAAAGUAGACAAGUCGAUCAGCAGAACGCACGCUACGAUUCGUGUAAAUUUCACCAAAGAAGAAUCGAUCCUUCCAUAUGAGAGGAAAUCUUUCCCUUGUAUCACCGUGGCCUGCAAAGAUUCUUCCACAUAUGGCACUUACAUAAAUGAAGGUAUUGAGACGAAUAAAAAGGUGGACAAAGGUUCUGUCAUGUCUUUGAAACCAGGAGACAGAGUUCGUUUUGGCUUGCAGUGGAACAAAUUUAGUUUGGAGCACGAAGAAAGCGUUAUUUUGGUUUCAACUGACCUAAAUCACCAAAACAAAGAGGAAGAUGUUAUUGAUACAGCGUGGCAACUUUGCGCUUUUGUCCAGAGAGAGUGGAAUUAUGACAUUCUUCCCACAUUCUUUUGCUCUGAUAGACUAACCAUUUGUCCUGAGCUCCUCUGCUGUCUAUGCAAGAACAUUCAAACAGCAACGCCUCUCUUCUGGAAAGAUUGCCUGAAAGCCGUGCUGAAGAAGGAGUCUUUACCAAGCCAUAAAAGCUACGCUCCAUCUACUGCCAUCCCUGAAAUCAAUCAGAUGUACAUGGACAAGAGACAGAGACUAUUGACGCGUAAGAAAUUCCUGUUCACAAACGAGGACGCUUACCACAAGUGGAAGGAUGUUGUUGAGUGUGCUGGAGGAACUCCGUCUAAGUGGAAGUGCUGCACUGAAAGAGUUGAAGCCAUUGCAAGGAGCGAUGAAUAUGUGGUCAUCGGUGGACUUCAAGAAUAUGAAAUGGACGAUGAAACCAAGUGGGAGACUAAGAAAAACGUAGCAAAGCUCAAAGAACUCUCAGUUCUCUAUGGCAGCAGGAAACGGUUCAUUCCCUUGAAGGAACUGGCUUUGGCAAUCCUAAAGUGUGAAACUGACGAGUUCUGCAAUCCCAACUUUAAAAAAGCUAAUUCAGAAGAGAUUCUCGUGGCCGACUCAAUUCCAUCAGAACCCGCACAGGUAAAGCAAGAGGUCGUGCCUGAGACCGUGGAGAGCGACUUUGAGUUGGAGGAGGAAUCCUUUAUUUCCUUUCGUGAUCAGAGUGCAUUGAAGAGACGUGCCAAGAGCCCGAUUGCAGCUGGAGGUUCACUCUUAUCAAAGGUGCCUAGGAUGGAGAAGCGGGAGCCAUCCCCCUGCAGCAGCACUUAUGUGCCUCAGAAAUUCACAAGCACUAGGGCAGAAGUGGACACUCCUCCUGUUACCUCCUCAAAGCCCGCGAGCAGAAAGAGACAACGCAUUGAGUCCAGUUCUGAAGAUGAGGACCCCUUUGUCAACUCCAAGGAGGAAGACGAGGAAGAGGAUAUUUUCGGUUUUGCUAACUCUUCUUUCUCAAAGAAAGUAAAAAAGGUGUGCCCUGUGGAGAUCAACACAAAUCGCAUUGUACCUAAUGUCCAAGAGCCAUUAGUAUUGGCUGAGGAUGAUGAUUACAAUUUGGAGGACAAAUGGACUGAAACGUCGGUAGUCAAGAAGGAACCUUCAGAGGAGUUCAACGUCAGGGUUUCUAAAAUCAGCUUACAUAGUAGCUUGUCCUUCUCAGGCAGACCUGGUUCACAGAAAGUUUUCAGAAAGACCACCCAUAGCUGUAUGAGCAGACUGCCUGAAAUAAUAUCCUUCAGGGAUAUGAAGAAAGUAACUUGUCUAACAGGAAAAAUAAAGGAAGCACCAUAGCAUUAUUUGGUCAACUGUCAUAUUCCAAUCAAUAAACAAUCAAACUGAACGGAUUA